AUGCAGAAGCCAAGAGACCUGCACAGGACGUCCGGAUGCGCACACGCGGCGGACCCGCGCCGCGCCGAUGCGACGGCAGCGCCUGCGCGGGCGCUCCAGCCCCGAUGGCCACCGGCGGCCCGAGCCAGGUGGGGCCAGCCUCCGCUGCCGGAGGAGGAGGAGGAGCCCGCGCUCCGCGUGAGCCUCGUGCAGGGGCCGCUGCACGUCGUGCAGGCCAGGGCGCCGCCCCCGGCGCGGCUCCCGGUGGCCCUCGCGCCAGGCGCGGGCAGCCCGCCAGCGGCGCUGGAGCAGAGCGCGGCCGUCGCGGGCGCCGCCGCCGCCGCCUCGGCGGCGGCCUCGGCGGCAGAGCCGCGGGAGGCGACGCCGUCGAGGGGCCCGGAGCCGGGCCACGGGGCCCGCGGGGCUGUGGGUGCGGGCCGCGCGGCCGUCACGACGACCACCCUGGCCGUGGGCGUCGGCGCGGACAUCUGGGACGGCGAGCAGACGUGGUUCUCGAUCAAGGAGGUCCACCCCGCGGGCGUCGUUCCCCACACGGCCCUGGGCGUCGUGCUGUGGGCCGAUGUCUCCUACAUGAACAUGACGGUGCUGCUGAUCAUGAGCUCUGCCGCGUACCCGGGCUGCCUGGUCGUUCUCUUGUACGCAAUGAUGGUCUGGAUGAGCAUUUAUUUGGAUACGGUCCCCUCGGACGAUGGCAUCUCGGGGGAGCCGAACCCCAUUGAUCCGUCGAGACCAGCCCUCCCAGUUCUGCCGAGGAAGCGCCUCACGGAGCGGUCGAGGCGGGCGUUCAAAUUGUGGACCACCUUCUGCCGCACAGUGCCCUCGCUCCUCAUUUUCGGCACCCCGAUGGUGGUGUGGAGCAUGGCGUACCGCUACCCGCAAGAGAUAGUAUCAACCCUCAUCAUUCUGACGUCCGCAUUUAUCUUCAACCAGGGCGUGUACGUGAGCAUCUUUGGCAACCUGACGAUGACGCGCAUGCAGAACUCGAUGCGCAUGGAUUUCGAGGCGGUUGCCCUUGGCGGGCACCCCGCGGACGCGCUGGGCCGGGUCACCCACUGGGUCAUCCUCCCGCAGUACAAGGAGGGGCUGGACGUCGUUUCGAUGGCCCUGGCCUCCGUCGCGCAGAGCCACCUGGCGCCGACCAGUAUCCAUGUUGUCUUGGCCAUGGAGUUCCGCGAGCCAGACGCGUCCGGUAAAGCGGAGGAGCUGCAGCAGAAGUUUAAGGGAAAGUUCAAGGAGAUAUUUGUGACCUACCACCCGCCUGACCUGCCGAACGACCCUCCUGGCAAGGCCAGCAAUCUGUCCUGGGCUUUCCAGCAGCUCGCGAAGAAGAUGAUCGCCGAGGGGCGCGACACGUCGUCGGUUAUCAUCACGGUGGCGGAUGCGGAUUCGGAGUUCAGCCCGGGCUUUUUCGAGCUGCUGACCUCCAGCUUCUUGCAUUGCCCUGAAGAGGAUCGGCACUUCCGGUUCUGGCAGUCUCCGAUCCUUCAUUUGAAGAACUACCACCGGCUGCCUGGACCUGUAGUGGUAGGGACGAUGUUCACGGCCAGCUCCGAGAUGGCGGCGCUCGCUGACCCCAACGCCGUGCGCUUCCCCUACUCAACGUACUCCCUGUCGUUCGAUCUGGCCGCGUACGUUGGUGGCUGGGACCCCGACUGGAUUGCCGAAGACUACCACAUGGGCAUCAAGUGCUUUCUGUUGACAUUUGGUCGGACCCGCCUGGAGCCAAUCCUGGUGCCCACUCUCAACUAUACGCCAGAGGACACGACGUGGGUGGGCACGUGCCAGGCUCGCUGGGCGCAGGCCAAGCGGCACGCGUUGGGCAUCUCGGAUGUCGCGUACUACUUUACGAUGCUGCCUCUGCUCUUCAGCCUCGCGGUGGACCGGGCUCGCAUGGGCAAUGGCAACGCCAAGUUUCUCCAGUUCUGGUACAUGGCGACGACAGGAUUGUCCCUCCUAGUCAAGCUGGUCAACCUGCACGUGAUGAUCGGGAUGCUUUCGAUUUAUGGGGUUAGCGAGACGCUCUUGCGGACCAUCAUGCUUUCGCUGUUCCAUGAGAUGCCGGGCCGCACUCCCUUCCUGUUGUUCAGUCGCACGCACUUCGUGCCUUCUAUGCUCGCCAUUGGGAGCAUGAUCUUCUCCUUGGCGUCGACAACUGUCUUCUUGAGGGUGUACCGCCUAGUGCGCGAGCGCCUGGAGGACAACGAUACUAAAGGCUACUCUUACACGCUGUACCACCAGCUGUCCCUGCUUGUGUCCUACUUCGUCUGGGGCGCCCCGAGUUUCAUCCUGCUGGGCACUGCCACCUGGAUGGCGGCCAUCAAGGGGUGCUUUUCAAACACUUUCGAGUACGAGGUUGCCCUCAAGCCCACCUCUGACGUCGAGAGCAAGCCGUGGGCUGCGCCGGGAGCUCCGCCGAGAGCUCCGCCGAGGCACGACGCGCAGCAGACCGAGCGCACCCAGAGGGAUUUCGCGGCCGCGGAGCAGGCCUUCCUGGACCUGUGCCACAUGCCCCUCCCAGCGACGCCCCCGCGGGGGGGCGCCCGAGGCCCCGAGGGCGAGCCCGCGUCCCCGGCUGCGGUGGCCGCCCUCGCGCCUGGGCGGCACUGCCGCUCCCGCCCCCCGCGCCGGCUGCCGCAGCAGGAGGCGCCCGAGCCCUGCGGGCUCACGCCUCCCCAGCCAGACCGCGCCGCCUGA